AUGUCAUCAGGAUUCCACCCAUUCGGAGGGCGAGUGAGUAGGCGCUUCGGCGACAAGUCUCUGCAACCCGACGACGCAUAUCUCAGCUAUCACGACAUUCGAUUGACGGUCGAAGACGUCGACUGCAUCAAGAACGACUGGCUCACCGACAACGUACUUGCCCAUCCUGCCUUUUCCUCCCAGCCACUUUCAACUAACCACUGCAAACACCCACCANNGGCCAUUGCCUUUUGGGAAGAAUACCUCGAACACGAAAAACUAAACGCCUACCCCAAAGCCCGCAUCGUCCUGCUCCGCCCCAGCAUGGCCUUCAUGCUCCUCCAAACCAACGACCCCAUGAGCCUGAAAUCCGCCCUCCCGAGCUUCGAAAACACAACCCACAUCUUCCUCCCCGUAAACGACUGCCGCGACGUCGAAACCGCAGAAGGCGGAUCCCACUGGAGUUUGUUGCUCGUCAGUGUCGUCGACGGUGUAGCCUUCCACUACGAUUCACUCUGCCCAUCCAACAUGGAAGAAGCCAAAAUGCUGUCCCACCAUAUCUCGCAAUUACUCCAAAAGCCGCUGAAGUUUGUGAAUCUGGACGACUCGCCGCAGCAGGAGAAUGGGAGUGAUUGUGGUGUGUUUGUGUGUUUGUUGAUGCAGCAUCUCUUGCUUGGAAGGUUGUUGCAGGCGCACGCCCAAGACAAGGUUAGCAUGAGUAUGAAGGGUAAGAAUGUGGAUGCGACGGGAGGAAGGAAAGAAAUGUUGAGGGUGAUUGAGAUGUUCAGGAAAGAGGGAGAAAGGAGACGCUCGUGA